AUGUCCCCGACCCGCUCUGUCCGGCCCUCUUCCCGCGGCUGCGUCCUCCCCGCCCCCGUCCGGAUGCAAGGGGAGUUUGCGCCGCCUAAUGUGGGACCUGGCUUGGGAGCCCCCACUCACCGCCUUGCCGGGGCAGGAUUCCAGCACCUGGAUUUGUCACUAAACUUUCCCAGGCGCACACGGUCUCGGGGGAUGCCACCUCCCACCCCCACCCCCACCCCCAUCCGAAGCCCCAGGUCCCGGCCGCAGCGGGGCUGUCGCUUCACCUGCUCGCGGCUCUUCCGAGGCUCCUGCUGCUCCUCGCGCGUCCGGACUCAGACGCCGCCCGGUGGGACCCUGCGCCGCUGCCGCCGCUGCUGCCACCGCCAGCGCCACCGCCGGUGCCGCCGCCGCGCCUACCCGGAGCUGCAGCGUCGCCGUUCGCCCGCAGCCGCGGGAGGCGCAAUCCUGGGCGCCUGCGGCACGGCCCGCGGCUCGGCGGGUCCCCGCAGCCGCCACCCCACUGCGUCCCCCUGCCCGGGACCCGCACGCACCGGCGCUAGGAGUGUGCUGCUCGCCCGACUCUCCCAGCUGCGACGCGCUGGGGAUCCACCGAGCCUCCAGGAUGGGCGGGGAUUCCCUCCCUCUGUCCCAGUCCCAUCUUCCACCACUCUCUCCCAUCUUCUGAGCUGUGAAGAAGCAAUGCGUGUCUCCUCAGCCUCUGCAGCCAGCAUCUAGCAUAGACCUACCUCCUUCAGCAGCCGUUGAAAGUUUGCUGAAUAAAU